AGGUCCGGAGACCAUGUUUGCACGAUGCAUACUCGGAGAUGCCGACAUCUCUGGGAUUGCCUUGGCUCCUGGUGAGAGCUGCGCUAUGGAUGCCAGGACCGGAGCUGCGUUUCAGAUUGCCAUCCGGGAACAGGCCCAAGCAGCUCGUGGCUAUGGAGAUCUCGGCAGCGAGCUGAGAGAAAUGAUCCGUGAAUGUGAUGGACGUGAUGGCCUCAGCCAGCGCCAUGUCUAUGUCUGGAAGACCAAAACCAGGAAGACCGAAGGGAGGACCAAAAGGACCAAAAUUGAAAUGAAGAUUGCGCCAGGAAGUCUUGUUGGAAAGCAUCCCCAGACAUGGGACGCCUUCAAGGACUUGGAACGCUCUGCGCAUGUGGAUGUGGAGGACAACACGCCAUCCAAUAUGCCGUCCAACAUGCCCUCCAACAUGCCAUCCAAUGCGCCCAGCAAUCGGCCUGAUUCCGGAAAUCGGCCUGAUCCCCCAGGGGUGGUAGCAGAAGAGCCUUGAUUUUCUGGCAGAUGAUGGCCUGAAGUUCGAAGAACUUUUUUUUUGGUUUCACCAGUUUUCGGCAUUUCUUGGCAGCUGAGUGAAGGUCUGAUAUGGUACCCCAAAAUUGGGAUGCCCUGUCAAAGGUAUUUUGCUUUCAAAGAGACGGCUUCACAGCCCAAACUCGCCCGUUGGUGGUUUCAAAUACGUGGUUCUCCAUCCCCACGGGGUGAUGGCAGUGAUGAUGAUGAUGAUGAUGAUGAUGAUG